AUGGACAACAUCUUACUAUCAGGUGUCGUACCUAUUCCCGAUUGGGGUGAAUUAAGUCCCCUGCGGCGCGCGACCGACGCGACAACCGAGAAAUCUGAGAGCUACUUCUCUUUCGCCCGCCCGCCUUCAACCUUCCCCAGCCUCUUUCUCCAUAUCUGGGAGAGCUUCGACAACAUUCACUUGGACUUGUCAAAGCAGUCCGGAAAAUGCAAGCUUGCAGAGAGCGGUCUGGGAUGGCGCCCCUCAGGCGGUGGUGAUACCUUUACAUUGGACAGCAGCAAUAUUGGCGGUGCCCAGUGGAGCCGUGCUGCCAAAGGCUUUGAACUGAGAAUCCUGUCCCGAUCCUCGGGUGUGAUCCAGCUUGAUGGAUUUGACCAGGAGGAUUUCGAGCGCUUGUCCAAAGCCUUCAAGAUUUGGUACGGCAUCAACGUUGAGAAUCGCGAACACGCUCUGCGAGGAUGGAACUGGGGCAAAGCAGAAUUCACCAAAGCAGAGUUGGCUUUCAAUGUCCAAAACCGACCAGCCUUCGAGGUUCCCUACUCUGAGAUCUCCAAUACCAACCUGGCAGGAAAGAAUGAAGUGGCGGUCGAAUUUGCCCUCUCUGGUGCUGAAGCCGGUGCUGCCAAAGGACAGUCCGCUGGGAGCACACAGAACCGGGGCCGGAAGGCUGCUGCGGGGCCCGAUGAACUGGUGGAAAUGCGAUUCUACAUCCCAGGCACUGCCGUAAAAAAGGAGAAAACAGAGGCUGAAGGCGAAGAGAACGAGGAGGAAGAAGCGGAGGAGCAGAAUGCGGCGAAUCUGUUCUACGAAACUCUCAUGGACAAGGCCGAGAUUGGUGAUGUAGCUGGUGAUACGUUCGCGACCUUUUUGGACGUGCUCCAUCUUACUCCUCGUGGUCGUUUCGAUAUCGAUAUGUACGAAUCGUCCUUCCGUCUCCGCGGCAAAACGUACGACUACAAGAUCCAAUACUCCGCCAUCAAGAAAUUCUUCCUGCUUCCCAGGCCCGACGACACACAUACUCUUAUUGUGCUGGGUCUAGAUCCUCCUUUGCGCCAGGGUCAGACACGGUACCCAUUCCUGGUUAUGCAACUUAAGCUGGACGAAGAGAUCAGCCUCGAGCUCAACAUGACAGAUGAGCUCUUGAACACCAAAUACAAGGACAAGCUGCAACCACACUACGAAGAGCCAAUUCAUCAGGUCGUCACCAAGAUCUUCCGGGGUCUCUCCGGAAAGAAGGUGAUCAUGCCUUCCAAGGAUUUCUCCAGCCAUCACCAGCAUCAUGGAGUUAAGUGCUCUAUCAAGGCUAACGAAGGCCUGCUGUACUUUUUGGACAAGAGCUUGAUGUUUGUCCCCAAGCCGGCCACAUACAUCCAGCUUGAAAAUGCGGCAGUCGUGACCAUGUCGCGAGUUGGGGGUGCGGUGUCGGCUAGUCGUACAUUUGAUAUUACCGUGAGCUUAAAGGGUGGACUGGGCGAGUUCCAAUUUAGCAACAUUAACCGUGAGGAACAACAAUCGCUCGAAGAUUUCUUCAAGGUCAAGGGCAUCCGCGUUAAGAACGAGAUGAUGGAGGAUCCUUCUAAUCUCCUCAAGGCCCUUGACGCUGAAGACAUGGAGUCGAGCGAUGAAGGAGAAGCUCGCGCCGACCGAGGCUCGGCCGACGAGGACUCCGACACUCCUGAUGAAGACUUCAACGCGUCCUCUGAAUCUGAUGUCGCGGAGGAGUUUGACUCCGAUCAUGAGAGCAGCGGCGGCAGUGAUGAAGAGAUGGCAGAUGCCUCCGAUGAUGGCUCAGAUGCUGGCUCAGAUGGCGAGGAAGAGUCACGACCAAAGAAGAAGAGCAAGACCGGCAAAUGA